AAAUACUACAAGAAUUCGUAAUCUAAAAUGUGAUACACAAGAGAAUGUAGAAAAUAUCAAUUUAGUGAAUUUGCCUCAAAAACGUAAGCAUGUAAAUGAUACUCAAGAAACAUUAGAGGCAAUAUUUCUUGAGCAAGGCAUAACUUGGAAACCACGUGCAUUUACUAAUUUCUGCAUUAGCAAGAAUAUUCAUUUAGCUAAUUAUUCUGUAGUAAAUGAUAGGCUAAUUUAUAGUUGGAUUAGUAGACGUAAAUAUAAAGCAAAGCAAGAAAAAAAAGAACAAGAAGAAGAAUUAGAUAAACAAAUAUAA